GUAAGGAUAACCCGAGUAAGGCUUGCGGAGAAUAUACUGGUUGUGUAAAUCGAGAACUUUUUAUCGAAUGCGUCGAAGGUGAAUGCCCUUGUGGAUCAUAUUGCCAAAACAGACGAUUUCAAGAUGCUAAUUAUGCCAAAGUAGAUGUUAUAUUUCUUCCACUUAAGGGAUAUGGAUUAAGAGUAUUGGAACC